AUGAGCCCCGAUGCAGGGACACAACCACAAGACAAGAGUAAAGCAAGAGGGAGCGGGGAGUUUUUGACCCUACUAGCUGCACAAGAACGCAAAGUGCUUGAAUUGAAGGAAGAACUGCAAAGAGCGGAGGCGGAUCUACAGACCCUCAAGAAGCAAUGGGCAGCGUACGAGGCGAACAAGAAAAGAGACGAGUUGAGACAUGUCAAGAAACUGCAGCCAAUGGCUUUGGAUGAUGUCGCUGGAAGUGAGACGCCUGCUCCGGAAGAGGAUGUGGACGAAGAACGAAGGCGGAAGCGUGCGCUGGUAGAGAGAAACCACGCAAGUCAUGCGACCAACGGAGGAUUUGGCCUCAGCAGAAAGGGAUCCAAGAGAAUAUUCGAAGGGGGCAGGCAUACGAGGACGCUGAGUCUGCUCAGCCCGACAUGUACCAAAUCCAUUAUCAAGGCAGCUGAAGACACCAAGGCUACAGCGAAUGACUCGACUGAGCUCGAAAGUGAGCAUAACCAAAAACCUUCGCUGUCCAGAAUGCCGACAUUGGAUGGGCUCAUCUCGGGUGAUGCUCUCCCUCUUGGGUUCGGCAAGACCUAUAAAGACCUAGCAGCACAUCGCAGAUCAUUGCCUCCGGUCGCAGCGGAUUUGCUGGUGAAGCAAGGCAAGCAUGUCUACGACGGAGUCAGGGAUGGCUUGUGGACGUUCUUCGAGGAUAUCAGGCAAGCGACUGUUGGAGAGGAGGGCAUCAACGGCACAGCAGCUCAGCAGCGACCGGUCAGACAUAAUCAACGGAAGCCGACCAGCAGGCCGUCCGUGAAAACGGGCAUGCGUAACACGAAAGAUUCAAUGGAUGCUUCGACACCCCAGCCGAAGGAGAAGUCGUUCUGGAAUGAAUUCGGUCUGGAUACACCACAGCAUAACUCCUCAACGUCAUCGAAGCCCGCAGAGAAACCGAAUGGGCAUGUACAGCAAAAGAGCAGCACCGACUCAUCCAAGCCGCCGAGUCUACUACCCGACCUGAAUGACAACGACGAAGUGGAAGAUAGCUGGGACGCAUGGGAGUCGCCCAUGAGCAACAAGGUGUCCAACAUGGCUCCAAAUGAAGAGGCCACUAACACAAAGAGCGGUGGCCUGCCCUGGCCUGAGAUGCAGCGGGUGACUCCAAAAUUGACGAGAACAAUUAGCGACUUGAUGAAGGAAUGGGAUUCGAAUCAGAACGACUCUACGGACAUGAAUGGCGUUCGGGAGCGUCAAACGCAUAUACUCGACAGUCCGCACAUAUGA